GAAGAAGAAAACGACGACGACGAAGAAGAAGAAGAACGCCCAUUAUUAUUUCGCGCACAAUCGAUUUGGGCUGAAAUAAUCACCAGGCAGAAGAAGACCAAGCGCUGCAAUGGACGGAGAUGUUGCAGUUGGUGUGAAGAGAGGCUCAGAUGAGCUCAACAUGUAUAGCAGCAGUCCAAACUCACUGGCUGCGAAUGGCAGUGACAGUAAGAAACAGCGUCUGGAUGAAUCGCCUCCCUCCAGAGUUCUCCACAUCAGGAAACUUCCCAACGAAGUCUCAGAGACUGAAGUCAUUGCUUUGGGGCUGCCGUUUGGAAAAGUCACCAACAUACUGAUGCUCAAGGGGAAAAAUCAGGCGUUUCUGGAGUUGGGUACAGAGGAAGCAGCCAUCACUAUGGUGAACUACUACACAGCUGUCACACCACAGGUCAGAAACACACCUGUCUUCAUCCAGUACUCCAACCAUAAAGAACUGAAAACAGAUUCAGCUCUGAAUCAGAGGGCUCAGGCAGUGCUGCAGGCAGUGUCAGCAGUUCAGGAUGGAGGCUCCCCAUCUUCUGACCCCGGAGCUCUGGACCUUGCUCCACCCCCCAGCCCCGUCCUGCGAAUUAUUAUCGACAACAUGUUUUAUCCAGUGACACUGGAUGUUCUUCAACAGAUCUUCAGUAAGUUUGGGACUGUGAUGAAAAUCAUAACCUUCACCAAAAACAACCAGUUUCAGGCUCUGCUGCAGUUCAGUGACCCGGUCAAUGCACAGCAAGCUAAACUGUCUCUGGAUGGACAGAACAUCUAUAAUUCAUGCUGCACUCUGCGGAUAGACUUCAGUAAACUGGUCAACCUCAACGUCAAAUACAACAAUGACAAGAGUCGAGAUUACACCAGACCUGACCUUCCCAGUGGAGAUGGAGAGACGACUAACAAGGACCAUUCUCUGUUGGGUACCCCAUCUGGAGCACUAGCUUCCUACUCUAGUGGAGGAGGUUACUCAUCUUCUUUGUCCCUCUCACAGGGUGGAGGGACCAUAAGUCCUCUGAGUGCUGCAGCGGCAGCAGCAGCAGCUGCAGGUCGUGUUGCUCUGUCUGGCUCUGGAGUGUCAGGGGUCCUGUUGGCGUCCAACCUAAACGAAGAGAUGGUCACGCCUCAAAGUCUCUUUACCCUCUUCGGAGUCUAUGGUGAUGUCCAGAGGGUGAAGAUCCUCUACAACAAAAAAGACAGUGCUCUGAUCCAGCUGUCUGACGGAAACCAGGCUCAGCUGGCUAUGAGUCACCUGAAUGGUCAAAAGGUGUAUGGUAAAGUGAUGAGAGUGACUCUGUCCAAACAUCAAACUGUGGCUUUACCCAGAGAAGGACUGGAUGACCAGCUCUUAACUAAAGAUUUCUCUGGCUCUCCACUUCACCGCUUUAAGAAGCCAGGAUCCAAAAACUUCCAGAAUAUCUUUCCUCCCUCUGCCACACUUCAUCUCUCCAAUAUCCGGGACGGCGUAGGCGAGGACGAUCUUCGCCUUCUGUUCUCAAACAGUGGAGCAACUGUCAAAGCCUUCAAGUUCUUCCAGGAUCGGAAGAUGGCGCUGAUCCAGAUGUCGUCAGUAGAGGAGGCGAUCCAAGAGCUUAUGAAGCUUCACAACUACGACAUGGGAGGGAAUCACCAUCUAAAAGUUUCCUUUUCAAAGUCCACCAUCUAAGCCUCGCACAUUAAACAGCCACGAGGAGCAAAGACAUUCUGUUUUCAACAUCUUCUGCACUGUCCCCAAAUCUUAAAUUAGGUUGUACAGCAUCACACAUGAUCAGUGUCUCGUCUGGUCUGGAGGGGAAAAUAAAAAACUUGUCACAAGGAUACGAUCUUAAAAUUAUAAUGCAGUAAUCUAGGGGUGUCACGUUCUCAAUUGUAAAUUGAAUAUUGAUUGAAACCGACGUCACAAUCUCGACCUUUGAAAGUGAAGGUGGAGUUGAGGAAUUAACAACGCCCCCAGUGUGAGGUCCUGCACGCGCUGAACGAUAAAUUAUAUAUAGAUAAAGACGUUAUUCAGUACAGAUUUGGUGACUGUAACAUCAGAUUGCUGGACAUUCAGUGCAACACAGAGCUACAUGACUCUCUCUGACUUCUCUUCUUUUUACACUCAGUUCCCCAUCAACUGGUUAUUGUUACGUUCAUCUCAUUAAUAAAUGAUUUAAAUUUAACAAUAAUGCCUUAAGUGUUUUUGUUUUUCCAUCAUUGAACAUUAUAUCACUUAUGAAAACAUGUAGACAAUGAAAAAAAUGAAAAGGCUUAUCAUGAUCCUGGACUAAUCAAGAAAAGUCUAAAACUGUCAGAACCAUCUGCGCUAAAAAGAGCGAUCGGGAAUCGAAUCAAGGAUUUGGAGAAUGGUGACACCCCUAACAUCAUGAUAUUGUGACACCAGUUUGCUGCAGAAAGAUCUGAUUUUUAAAAAGCCCAGAUGUAUGAAACAAAUAACAUAAUUUGUGAGGAAAUACUCAGACUUAUUUAAAGUGAGUUGAUCAGAUUUGUGAUUUCGGUGCAGAGCAGAAGAUUCACGGAAGUUUAAGUGACAUUCUUAAGUUUGGGGAAAAGCUGAAAUCUCUUGUAGACCAGAUCAUCUGAUUUCAGUUCAGCCUUCACCUUUUUACACAGAUCUGUCAGCCACGUGCACACACACACAGGUUUGUGCAGCUAUUCUUCUUAGGACACAGCAUUGAAUCCCAUUCAUUUGGACUAAACAGAGUUAUCCCUAACAUUAGCCAUAACCUUAUCCCAAACCUGAACCCUAUCUUAAAUAUCAGCCCUAAACUUACACCAGUUCCUCAGAGUUGGGGUUCUGCCUCAUUAGGACCAGGUUUUGGUCUCCAUGAGGACCACUGGUCCUGUGUUUAUACAUGAAACGUACACGCACACAGCCAUGAGCAUGUGGUUCUGGUCUGGGUCGUUGACCUGUCAGGACCAAAGUUCAUGCACCUUUGUUCUGUGGUCUGAUCUUUACUGUUGAUUCUUUUGUGUCUUCAAAGAAUUAUUCUUAUUCUUGUUUGUUGAUCCUGAGUUGUAAACGUGUAGAAACAUAGAUGUGAGACGUCUCCUUCUCAUGUGUCCAGCAGAGACGAACAGAAACAGCUACUGUUUUAUUCCUGGGUUUAUUUUUGGAUGGUUGUUUUUUAAAGUUUCAUUAGCUCAGUAUUUAUUUUUUUUCUCUCUUCUCAGAUCAGCACAAAUUAAACGCAUCUUUUCUACCAAGGAACCCAAAGUGAACACGUGUUUGUGUAUGUUUGGACUCUCCUCCGUCUUACUGUCAAUAAACUUCUGUCACUCA